UAUUAUUAUUACUAUUAUUAUUAUUAUUAUUAAUUUAUUAUAUGAAUCUAACUUGUAGAAUGUAGUUAUAGUUAUAGUUAUUAGUUAUAAACUACUUCACGUGACUGGUCGUGUCCCCUGUCCAGUACUAUUAUUUUCAGCCAAUAAAAAAUUGAAAUUGAAACUGAAUCCGACAAAAGACAUUUUUAUUUAGUGUCUGAAGUACGCACUGUUAAGAAAUUGGUAAAGGGUGAAAAAAAAGUCUGAAGUGACGAAAAAUUUGUUGUUGAAAACAGUUAGAAUAUAUCCUUACUUUAGUCAUAUAUACUUCAAUAGUUAUUCAAUUGGGUUAUGUUUCGUUUAGGUGCCACUCAAGUUGCCCGCUCUGCCGGUGCAAGAAACUAUGCCACUUUAAGAGAAAUUGAAAUGCGUCUUAAAUCAAUUAAAAAUAUUGAAAAAAUUACCAAUACUAUGAAAAUUGUUGCAUCAACCAGAUUAAAUAAAGCUCAAAGAGCCAUGGCUUCAUCAAGAGUAUUCAACAAAUCAGAUUCAGAAUUCUACGCCAAUGCUGACCCUGAAUUACCUGAACAAUCUAAAACUCUUUUAAUUGUGGUUUCUUCUGAUAAAGGUUUAUGUGGUUCAAUCCAUUCUCAAAUUUCAAAAGCUGCUAGAAGAAGAUUUGAUGAAUUAAAUGGUGAAGUUGAUAUCGUCACUAUUGGGGAUAAAGUUAAAGCUCAAUUAUUAAGAACUCAUGGUGAUCAAUUAAAAUUAUCCUUUAAUGGGGUUGGUAAAGAAGCUCCAAAUUUUACUGAAGUUGCUUUAAUUGCUGAUGAAAUUAAUGCUCUUGGUCAAUAUGAUAGUAUUGAAGUUUUAUAUAAUAAAUUCAUUUCAGGAGUUUCUUUUGAACCAUCUAAAUUCAGUGUUUUCGCUGCUGAAGCCAUUGAAAAAGCUCCAGGUUUAAGUAAAUAUGAAUUAGAAUCAGAAAAUACUUCAGAAACUUUAGCUGAAUUCUCCUUAGCUAACUCUAUCUUAAGUGCUAUGGCUGAAGGUUAUGCUUCUGAAGUAUCUGCCAGAAGAAAUGCUAUGGAUAACGCUUCUAAGAAUGCUGGUGAUAUGAUUAAUCGUUUCACCAUCUUAUAUAAUAGAACUAGACAAGCUGUUAUUACUAAUGAAUUAGUCGAUAUUAUUACUGGUGCUUCUUCAUUAGAUUAAGCUCGUCUUUUAACUUUCAUUAUUUAUAUACUUAUUUAGAUACAAACUCCCUCACUCCCCCCAUCCAAAAAUUGAAGAUAGAAAGAUCAUUAGUAUCAUUCUUCCUUUGCAUCC